CAGCCGCCUCGCCGACAGUCGCCAUGGGGUCGUGGUCAAGAACGGUACUCAUUUUGUUUUUGACUAUUUCCGCUGCGGUGUUGAGCACGCCGCUUAUAAACAAGCUACAACCUGACAAAGAAUGGCCCCAACUUGUCAAACAACCGUCUCAAGAUGAAUCAGCUGAAACAAUAUCAGAAAAGAGUAAAGGAGGAUUAGCAGUUGAACUUGUAAAUGGUCAACAUCUGGCCGAAACUGUUAAAAAAACUGAACCUGAAGAUUCUGAGAAUGAAGACGAUGUUAGCGCAGAUAUUAUCAGUAAAUGUCUGAUUGAAGCUAAAGACGAUUUCCAAAAAGUAGAUUACACAGGCGCUCAACUUUGGAAAGUUUCCACAGAGAAAAACGGGUGGCGUGUCGUACUUAAUAGAUUGAGACGUAGAAAUCUUAUAUCAACAUGGGGAACAAAUGGCACUUCUAUUGAUAUUCUGGUACAACCAAAUGCCAUACAAAAUGUCACAAAUGCAUUGAAUAGAGAAAAGAUUCACUUUGAAAUUAUAAUUGAAGAUCUACAAGCAAGAAUAAACCAAGAGAACCCACCCCUUGAUGAGAAUGAAAUAGAACUUCAAGAUAGAAGAGGUCACCGUAUGAACUGGAAACAAUACCACAGACUUGAAGAUAUCUAUGGAUUCUUGGACUAUCUCGCCAAAACAUACCCAGCUAUUGUUAGUGUCAAAAGUAUUGGGAACUCUCACGAAGGAAGAGAAAUAAAGUUAUUAAGAAUUUCCAACGGGAAUCCGAAAAACAAAGCAGUAUUCAUAGACGGCGGUAUACACGCACGUGAAUGGAUAAGUCCCGCUACAGUGACCUAUUAUAUCAACCAGUUCGCUGAGAACUUUGAUGUUGAAGACGAUGACAUCAAGAACAUUGACUGGUAUUUUGUACCAGUUUUAAAUCCAGACGGUUAUGAGUACACUCAUCUGAAAGACCGUCUGUGGAGAAAAAACAGGAAACCCGGUGCUGGACGAUGCUCUGGAGUUGAUCUGAAUAGAAAUUUCGGAUACCGUUGGGGAGGCAAAGGCACAUCGAACUCGCCAUGCGAUGAAAUUUACAGAGGACCCAGAGCGUUUUCAGAACCUGAAUCUAAAGCUAUUCAGGAUUUCUUCAAAAGCAGUGCGUCAGAAUUCAGCGCGUACCUGACGUACCACAGCUACGGCCAGUACAUUCUGUACCCGUGGGGCUACGACAACGCAGUUCCCCCGGACCACCUUGAUCUUAAUGCUGUUGGCAAGAAGAUGGCUACGGCUAUCAAGUCAACCGGAGAUGACAACUACAGUGUUGGAUCGUCAAGCAACUUGCUAUACCCGGCUGCAGGUGGUUCAGACGACUGGGCUAAGAGUAUUGGUAUCAAAUACACCUACACUAUUGAACUGAACGAUCGUGGCUUUUAUGGCUUUGUACUGCCGACACAGUACAUAGAACCAGUAGCUAAAGAGUCCUUAGCUGGAUUGAGGGUUUUGGCAGCUGCGGUUCAUACGGCCUGAUCUCUUACACAAAUGCCAUUGUAGAAAUAAUUUAUAUGGAAAAUAUUGACUUAUGAUGCUAAGGUAGGAUGUGUAGCAAAAUAUAAGUAUGCAGAAACUAUGUUCUUAUACUACUAUUUUAGAGCAUUUGCGAUAUGCUGUAGUGUGUAGGUGUGUACUGUUUGCAUAAGGAGUGUGAUUUCUACAAAUAUAUUAUUAACUUAUUAAUUUAUUAAAUUAAAGAAUAAACUAUGACUUAUAUGACUUUCAUUUA